AUGUCUCGUAAUCAGUACAAAAAAGCUGCACACAAUGGAUUAGGCAUAUCAACUGAAUCAAAGGCUAUUGGUGGACAUGUUGGGAGAGAUAAAACAAUAUGGAUAUUGAUUGAUUCAGGAUGUUGGUGGCCGAAUAUGAAUAAAGAUGUCCGAAAUUAUGUUGCCACUUUUGAAUCUUAUCAAAAAUCAAAUUCAAAAAUGAAAAAAGUUGGUGUUGACCUCUGUAGUCUUCCUAAAAAUCCAGAAGGUUAUGUUGGAAUUUGUGUAGUUGUUGAUUACUUUUCAAAAUGGAUUGAAGCAAAGCCUAUUUAUAAUAAAAGUGCUGAAGAGGUAUCCAGAUUUCUUUAUGAACUUAUAUGUCGACAUGGUUGUGCCUCAAUUCAAAUUAAUGAUCAAGGUCGGGAAUUUUGUUACAAAGUUUUUGAAAAUUUUCUAAGUUUUACUGGAACCUGUAAUUUUAUUACUUUGGCUUACCAUCCUCAAGCUUAUGGUCUGGUUGAAAAAGCUAUUAGAAUUAUACAGUGUUCUAUGCUUAAAGUGCUGAACGGAGAGCUAAAAAUGGCCUCAUUCACUAGAUGGCAUACUGUUUGCAUUCGAACAACUUGCCACAAGUCAACUGUUGUCACUCCCUUUCAAGUUAUGUAUACAAGAGAGCCAGUUUUAUCCUUACAAUGCAUAAAUAAUAAUCAUGUACCUGUUGAUUUAGACAUAGAAGCAGGGUAUUUUGGAACAGGCUGA